AUGUACAAUUUGUGGUCUAGUGAGAUUAGAAAGUCCAUAAAUUCAAAGCCAUUGCUUGCCUUUUCUCCUUUCAAAAGAUUUUCCAGUCGUCGUGUUCGUUUGUCCAAAAAAGAGGUGGAUUCUGGUCUAACUCGUGUGCGUGGUCCAACUCAUAAAGCUUUAAGGAAGCCUAUAAGUAAAAGUGUACCAAUGUUUGAAGUACGCACUUGUGGUCACCCAACGGCUGACACCACCGAUCCUUUGCUCACAAUUGUUAGUAGUGGAGGUGAUAGCUACUUGUUCGGCUCAGUGUUUGAAGGAGCUCAAAGGUCUUGUACUGAACAAGGGAUCAAACUUCAUAGGAUAAAGAAUAUUUUCUUAACAGGUGAAUUAAACUGGCCCCGUACUGGUGGUUUACCAGGCUCGAUCUUGAGCAUUAGUGAUCGAGGAAAAACUGAGUUAGAUUUAAGUUACGGGAAUGAAUUGUUGAGUCAUUUAGUUGCCACCUGGAGAUAUUUUGUUUUUCGUAAAGGUAUAACCUUGUCAUGCCAUAGCGUUGGAUUCAAUGAAAGUUUUUACAAGGACGAAGUAGUGACAGUUAGAGGGUUCCAAGUUCCAAUCAGUUCUCGCGCAGAUAUCGAAACCAGUACUCCAGACUUGGAGCUGAAAUCCAAAUAUAUUUCAUUUCUUAAUAGAAUUGUCGGCCAUAUGUUCCCCCUUAGUGUUCCAGCCAAUAGGCCAAAUACCCAAGUUUCAAUGUCCCCAGAAGAGUUGCUAAAGAUAACAGAAUCAGAUCCAAAUCUUAACGAUGGCUAUGUGAAUACUAGACUUCCUAGACCAAUGGAUAUUAUCAACGAUUUCAAGGGGUUUGCUACCAACUAUUUGGUGGAGUUUGAACCUGUGCGGGGAAAGUUUGAUAUUAAGAAAGCUAUUGAAUUGAACAUCCCAAAGGGUAAAUUGUACGCCCAGUUAUCUAACGGGAAGCCCGUGACUUUGGAGGACGGGAGGGUUAUACAGCCAGAAGAGGUAGUCAGCUCGCCCAGAACGUAUAAUAAGUUGAUGAUUUUAGAUAUUAAGUCUCAAGAAAAUUUGGAAAAUACUCUUCAAAUAGUCGGCAAAUUGAUUGAAGAAAACCAAAAUAAGUUUCAAAAUUUAAGUCUAGUUUACUAUUUUAUGUCUGGCACAGUGACGCUUGAGAAUAACCAGCCAUUGAAGGAAUUAAUAACUCUACUUACCGAAAGAUUGGGUGUUGAACACCAUGUUGUUAGUCACAAAGAUUACGUUCCAAACUCGCUCGUGUUCAAAAGUUCUGGGUCAUUAACUCUCAAGUUAAAAUCUUUAUUCAACAAUAGUUAUAGGCUUCCAAUUUUCAGCUUCCAGCCCCAGAAGAAGCUAGAAUCUGUGUUGAAAGUUGAGAAUGCCAAGAUUUAUCCAUUACUCACAGGCCAAUCAUUCACGAUGGACAAAGAAGACUCGACAACUCAUAAUGAUAACCCGCAAAACCACGAGAGUACAGACGAAUAUUGGAAAUCGGAAUUCCAAUCAGGCAUUGGGAUGUUAAACGUUCAAUCUGAUAAAAUUGUACCAAUCUCUCAAACGUUAAACUCUUCUGGCACGGAUUCUGUCAUCAUUCCAACCUCAACAAUAGUGCCUUCGACUAUUAGUUCAGAGAUGGAACUCAUCGGAUAUUUGGAGUCUACCACCCAAGUAAUUGCGCUUGGUACUGGGUCUGCUAUUCCUUCUGGUCAUCGUAAUGUUUCAUCCACAAUGCUUAGAAUUCCAUUCGAACAAAACGGUCAAAUCAAGUACCGUUCUGUGCUCUUGGAUGGCGGUGAAAAUACCUUGGGGACUAUCAAGCGAAUUUUCUCUCCUUCAGAGUUACAUACCUUCUUCACUGAAGAAUUACAAUGUAUUUAUCUCAGUCAUUUACAUGCUGACCAUCAUUUAGGGAUUGUUUCGGUCAUUGAAGAAUGGAUUAAAUAUAAAGGCGAAAACAACGAGGAUAAAUUAUAUAUCAUUGCUCCAUGGCAAUACCAAAGGUUCUUAUACGAUGUUCAGGUAAUUGAUAAUGGGUUAAAAAUGCAAAGAAUAGUAUUCAUCAAUUGUGAAGAGUUCAUGUUGGGUAAAUCAAUCAUUGAUGUGCCACAAAAAGAUACGUUCAAUGAUGAUGCAGCAGGCAUCGAUAAACCCGUCAAGAUUGUGGAAGACUCAAAGGAGGAAACUCUAAAAAACAAUCAAGGAAAUAAUGAGCUCAAUGCAAAUGAUCGGAAGUAUAAACGGACUUGCAGACAAAAUAGUAUGAUCUAUAAUUUUUACGACGCUUUAAGCAUCAACAAGGUUUUAAUUACUAGAGCCCAUCAUUGCCAAUGGUCUUAUUCUGUGACCUUUGAUUUCAAACUCACCAACUCUGUUGAUAAUACUUCAUUCAAAGUGAGUUAUUCUGGUGACACCAGACCGGUACAUCGUUUUGCCGAUAUGGGAAAAGACUCUCACAUCUUGAUCCACGAAGCCACUCUUGAAGAUAGUUUGCAGAGCAUGGCAAUUGCGAAAUGUCACAGUACGAUUUCUGAAGCAAUUGGUGUUGGUAAGGAAAUGCGAGCAAAGAAAACAAUCUUGACUCAUUUCAGUCAAAGAUACGCCAAGGUGCCGCCACAGGUAGCAGGAAUCGAAGGAAUCGAGUUUGCCUUUGAUGGAGCAAUUUGGAAAUAUGGUGAUAUGGGAAUGCAUGGUGCGGAGUUAUUACCCGUAUUCAAUGAAAUGUGUGAUGAACAGAAGGAAAUUGAUGAGAUUAACGGGAAGUCGCAACGGGAAGAAUCUUUGGUUAAAAGGGAAGAAAAGAAAACUAGAAAGAAGAAAGCAGAUUAA